GCUCCACCCUGGGGCGGCGCUCAGACUGAAUGCUGAAUGAACACGAUCGAAGCUCAAACCGCCCAUUCCACGUCCGGCAUGCAUUGGCAUGAAUGACGUCUGCUUGGAACUAGCCUCCCUGCUCUCCUUUUCCUCUUAAUGUUUACGUCCGUCCCAAGCCUCAGCCGCCUAGCGCACAACUCUCUCAGCAGUAGGGCCCACCCCCAGAGCUCAAGCUAAAGCUCCAAGCUCUUCCUCGCGCUGUUCCUGAAGGCCGGCCUCGAUUCACCACUACGCGCGCCACACACCGGAAUCCGAGCUGGCCGACCCCCCUCUGAAGCACAAUGAGCGGCGAAAAUGAAGCGAGGGCAAGGCCCGGCUUUGGACGCCCCGUCGCCUCGGGCAGCCAGACCACCUCGGCCGCCUACUACGGCCCGGGGGGCUCCAAGUCCCUGUCGGGCAUCGCCCUGCGCGCCUUCUGCCUGGGCGGCGCGCUCGCCGUGUCGGCCGUGUCGUGCGCGGCGGUGCUGCUGCUCACGUCGUCGCCGCUGUGGCGCCUGCCCUUCUUCGGCGCGUGCCUGGCGGCCUUCCACUUCCUCGAGUUCUGGACCACGGCGCGCUACAACCACGCCGCCGCCUCGGUCGACAGCUUCCUGCUGACGGCCAACUGGCCCGCCUACGCCGUCGCCCACGCCUCGGCCGCGCUCGAGUGCCUCGUCGUCGGGGCGCUGUUCCCCUCGAGGUCCUGGAUCUUGUUCUUGCCGCACGCCCUCGGUCCCUUGUUGCUGCUGGCCGGUCUCCUCCUCGUGGCGGCCGGCCAGGCGGUCCGGUCCGCCGCCAUGGCGCAGGCGGGCCCCAGCUUCAACCACAUCGUGCAGCACGCCCGGGCGCCGCAGCACCAGCUCGUCACGACGGGGAUAUACGCCACGUUCCGCCACCCGAGCUACUUUGGCUUCUUCUACUGGGCCCUCGGCACCCAGCUCGUGCUCGGCAACGUCGUCUGCUUCUUCGUCUACGCCGCCGUGCUCUGGAAGUUCUUCUCGUCCCGCAUCCGGGGCGAGGAGGCCGCGCUCGUGCGCAUGUUUGGCGACGAGUACGUGGCGUUUCGCAAGGCCGUCGGCACCAAGAUCCCCUUCAUCCCUUGAGAGAUUUGACUCGGUCUUCUUUUUGGGGUGAUGUCUGUCCAGGGGGGUGUCUUUCAGUCUGGUGUGCCGCACCGUCCACUUGUGUUUCUCGAGGAGUACCCACAACAAAAGCAUGUGCACGACAUGGCGCUAGAAGUAGACAUGGGACGCAGUUUCAUGCCUAGCGGUUUUCAGGAGCAAUGUGACAACUGGCGCAGUGUAAUCUUAGAUACUUCCUCUUCUAGACUGUCGUAUCGAUGCCUUAUCUUUAUCACGCAAACGUCUCGAUCAAGUCCAACAAACAAUGGCCUUGCCGGUGAAUUCAUAACAG